UACCCGCGCCCCCUCGAGCGGCACGGCGGCGGAAGCAUGGAGGGCGAGAGUACGUCGGCGGUGCUCUCGGGCUUUGUGCUCGGCGCGCUGGCCUUCCAGCACCUCAACACCGACUCGGACACGGAGGGUCUUCUCCUUGGGGAAGUGAAAGGUGAAGCCAAGAACAGCAUUACUGAUUCCCAAAUGGAGGAUGUUGAAGUUAUUUAUACAAUUGACAUACAGAAAUAUAUUCCAUGCUAUCAGCUUUUUAGCUUUUAUAAUUCUUCUGGUGAAAUAAAUGAGCAAGCACUGAAGAAAAUAUUAUCAGGUGUCAAAAAGGAUGUUGUGGUUGGUUGGUACAAAUUCCGACGUCAUUCAGACCAGAUCAUGACAUUUAGAGAGCGACUGCUUCACAGAAACUUACAGCAGCAUCUUUCAAGCCGGGAACUUGUUUUUCUGCUGUUAACGCCAAGUAUAAUAACAGAAAGCUGCUCUACUCAUCGGCUGGAGCAUGCCUUAUAUAAGCCUCAGAAAGGACUUUUUCAUAGGAUACCUUUAGUGGUGGCCAAUCUGGGCAUGUCUGAACAACUGGGUUAUAAAACUGUAUCAGGUUCCUGUACAUCCGCUGGUUUUAGCCGAGCUGUAAAAACACACAGCUCUGAAUUUUUUGAAGAAGAUGGAUCUUUAAAGGAGGUACAUAAGAUAAAUGAAAUGUAUGUUUCUGUACAAGAGGAAUUAAAGACUAUAUGCAAAAAAGUAGAACACAGUGAGAGAGCAGUAGAAAAACUACUAAAGGAUGUAAAUAGAUUAAAACGAGAAAUUAAAAAAAGAAAACAAGCACAGAUUCAAGCAACACGAGAGAAGAAUGUCCAAAAAGACCCUCAGGAGAACAUUUUUCUUUGUCAAGCUUUACAGACUUUUUUUCCAGAUUGUGAAUUUCUUCAUUCAUGUGUUAUCUCCUUGAAAAACAGGCAUAUUUCUCCAAGUAGCUGUAAUACCAACCACCAUCUCAAUGUGGUAGACAACCUGACCUUAAUGGUAGAAUACACUGACAUUCCCGAAGCUAGUCCAGCUAGUAGUGCACUGCAGAUGAUUAAGCGUAAAGCUUUAGAUACAGAUGAUGGAUGGCCAUUCAAGAAGUCACGGCUGUUAGAGAUACAAGACAGACGAUCUAAAGCAGAUACUGAUAGUAGUAACCCAGAAAAAGCAUCGACAACGACCAGCCCAGAGACGGAUGAAGAGAUUGAGAAAAUGAAGGGUUCUGGUGAAUAUCCACAGUCUCCUACAUUUUGAUCCUUUUAGGCCAAAAGAUUUCUGGUUGGCUGAAGGGUAAAGCCAAACAUUUCUAUUGUUUUUACUAUGUUCAACUAUUUGCAGGAAUACACAGAUAAGUUCUAAUGCAUUUAUUUUAUAAAGUACUUUAAAAAAUAUCAGAUGCUUUUAUUUUAAAACCAAAACCUUUUUGGCCCCUUUUACAAAACCUUUUUUGCCCCUUUUCUUGAGGGAAAAGUUUAAAUAGAUAUUCUUUUAAACUUAUACAGCAUUCUUGAGAAUUGGAAAAGAGAGACUAGCUAGCCUUUCUUUCACAAUAGAAAGAAGUCUAAAGUUAAUAUGAAAAUUUACUUCAUUUUUAUCUAAGUCAUUAAAAUUCUUACUUCUUAAGUUGUGAUAAAUAGUACAUUAUGGCUAAGGUUGCCAGAUAAAAUGCUGGACACCACGCAAUAUUAGGGACAUACUUAUAUUAAAAAAUUAUUUGUUUAUCUGAAAUUCAAAUUUAAUUGCAUGUCCUGUAUUUUUAUUUGCUAAAUCUAGCAGUUCUAAUUAUGGCACAACUAUAAAGCAGUACAAAUAGUAGUCUCUCCCUAGUCUAGAGUCCUCUACACAAAAUUGAGUGAAUUCAGAAUUUGAGUGCAGAGCAAGCCUGGUAAUGCAAUGUAUUUGAGAUCAGCAAUUGGUUGAUUAGCUGAAAAGGUCAGUUAACGUGGGACUGAGAAAUGAUAUAUACAUAUAUUCAUACACAGGAUGUCUAUCACAGAGAUUUCAUUUUAACAUAAAGCAGGAGUAUACAUUCAUCAACCUUUUGUUGUAGGGUCCCAAACUUUUCUGCAAGUCUAAGUCCAGUGCUUGGAGUCCCUGUGUAAAUCACACCCAUUACUUAACCUUUAUAAUUCCCAGUUUUAGUUUCGUUAAAGUGAAAAAUUGAAAGAAACUUGCAAAGCAACUUAAGUACAAAAUGCUUCUAGGUUUUUUCAUUUCGCAGCAUCCUCCUACUCCCAAUCUUACUCAAUUGUCCUAACCUAUUGAGGUUAUAGACCUCAUUUGACAACUGUUUCUUUUAAAGCUAUCAAGUAUUUCCAAAGCAUUUAAUUAGUUUUCAUUGCAACAGUAACUUUCUUUUUAAUGCUCAUAUUUCAUCAAUGCAAAAACAAAUACAACUGAACAGGUCUGGGAACAAAAUAGCUGAUUCUUGGUAAUGCAGAUUAAGGAAGAUUGUAAAUCCCCAGUUUCAUCCAGUGAGUUGGUUAAGUGGAGCUUGGCUAAGAGAGCCAUUACUGUGUCUUUUUCUAUUUGUAUUUUCCACAAGUGUGAGAAUUUUACAUGAGGCGUACACAUCACGUGAAGCCUUCAUGUCUCACUCACUGGAUGACGUGUGAACACACACUUUGACCAUUGCUCUUCCCUCUGUUACUCCCUAAGUGACAGAGCAAAUGCACAGCUAGUAUCAAAAACCAUCAUCUUUUAUCUGUGUGUUAAAAUGCAUUAGCUACCAUGGGGUGCUUAUGAAGCCCACGGGAUAGCAGGCAUGAUUUGUGCAGAUAAUGAGUUUCUGCUGGGACUGUUUUACUGGUUAUGUAAGAAGCCUUGUGGUGUUGCACAGGGCAAGAGGGGAAAUAGGCUGUCAAUCUGAACCCUAAUUUAAAAAUAACCACAACCAUCACCAGAGCAUAUAGAAUUUAGCACACAACAUAGAUAAUGACUAAAUGCAAACAACAAAUGAACAAAACUGGAUGUACAUGCUAGACUAAGAACAAAGAAGCAACAAGCAGCCAACAUAUGCAAAUGUCUUCUCAAGACAAUAGCUUGAGAUUUUAAAGACUGCUUACGUACUUGUUCAAACUGAAGUCUAAUCAGGCCUUCAUACAAAGUUCAAUUUGCUAAAAUGCUAGAGAGGUACAAAAGCAUUUAGCUCAUACUUUUGCACAGUGAUCCAUCUCCUUUGAAGAAAGCAAUGCUAAAAUUUCAAUCAUAGAGAAGCUUGCUGAGGUCAUUAGUACACAGCUGACCUUCCAUUAUUGAGUUUCAUGACCUAACAUUCAGGGUAUUCAGUGAAAAGGAGAAAGAGUCCUUAUGAGACUUUCUUCCCCAUUUACUCCAUCUUUUGGCAGUUUUUAUCACUGGAGUUAGGAUAAGAUGACAUAAUAGACUGCCUAUGGAUCAGUUUAUUUAAAGGACACUACCAGUUUCAGGAUAGUCUGGUCCAGGAAUAAAUAUUAGGUCCUGUGAUAGCACUGAUAUCCCUCCCCAUGUUACAUCUCUACAAAGGGAAGGCCCACUGUCUUAGCCAGGCAUGCUUAUAUUUGAUAGUUACAAAAUCUUCCUGAGGAAUUUCAAAUCCACACCCUGUCACAUAGGAUUUCUGCAUUACACAAGCAUUUCACUUCCCUGUACCCAUAUCCCUAAAAUUCCAUUUACAAGACAGAAUCUGAGCCU